AUGGAGGACGCGAAGAAGUGUUUAGAGCUGACGCCGGACGAGUCAGAGGCCGUGUCGCGAGUCAUCGUUCCAGAAAUCCGAGUCGGAAAAGAGCCGAGUUUGUACGAUCUUUUCGCUACGACAGGCAUCCGAGUCGACCGAGUCGAACCCGGAUUCGCCGUCUGUUCUUUCAAGGUCCCUCCUCGCCUCACCGAUAAAGAUGGAAAUCUGUCUAAUGGUGCAAUUGCAAACCUUGUUGAUGUAGCUGGUGCUUCUCUUAUUUAUGUUAUGGGUCUCCCCAUGAACGUUUCAGUGGACAUGUCCAUCUCCUAUGUGUCAAAGGCGAAGAUUGAUGAUGAGUUAGAGAUCACCUCAAAAAGGUUAGGACAAAAAGGCGGUUAUUCUGGAACAUCAGUCCUGAUGAGAAACAAAGCAACUGGGGCGAUUGUAGCCGAAGGUCGACAUUCAUUGUUUCGUUCACCUGCUGCUAGCAAACUCUGA